AUGCCUUACGUUUACGUCCACGAACAGAGUGGUAUUGAUUACCCCUCCGGAGGUUCAGAAAAGAACCCUUUUCAGUCUUCCGCAUACGCUUAUUUUACGCACCCAGAAUCUACGAUCUUGGUGUUCAAAAAGUUGGAGGAAGACAAAGAGAUAUAUGGCUAUGGUGAGCUUUCAGCCUCUGCAUUAAAAAAGGCUAAGAAAGGUGCUGAUGGCAUAAGAAAGAAGUUAGAGAAACAGGCAAAAUUAGUUGAACAAAAGCAGAAACAAGAAGAAGAAGCCACCCUGAAAUUGGCUGCGCUUGAUAUCUCAAUUGAAGAAGAUAAGUCAUUACCUGAAGCUAAAAAAAUUAGAUUGAGAGAUAUUCCUGAGAAUUUAGGUAAUAGGAUUGCUGUUCAUGGUUGGAUUCACCGCUUAAGAAUUCAGAAGGGAUUGGCUUUCAUCACUUUACGAGAUGGUACUGGUUUUAUUCAAGCAGUACUUACUGGAGAUUUGGCAAAGUGCAAGACAACGCAGGAGUUGACCUUGGAAUCCAGCGUAGUUAUCAAAGGUGUAAUCCACAAGUUGCCUGAAGGAAAGUCAGCUCCGGGGGGUGUCGAAUUGAAAGCAGACUACUAUAAAGUUAUCGGUUUAGCUCCUGGUGGUGAAGACUCUUUUACCAAUAAAGUUCAAGAAAAUGCUGAUCCAGCCUUGUUGUUAGAUCAACGUCAUUUAGCUUUAAGAGGGGAAACAUUGUCCGCAGUAAUGAAAGUUCGUGCUUGUUUAUUGAAGUCAGUGAGAAGAUUUUUUGAUGAGGAAGGUCUUUUGGAAGUUACACCUCCUUGUAUGGUACAGACACAAGUUGAGGGAGGUUCUACUUUAUUUAAAAUGAACUAUUAUGGAGAAGAAGCAUACUUGACGCAAUCUUCACAAUUGUAUUUGGAGACGUUGGUGCCUGCCCUAGGAGACGUCUAUUGUAUCCAAGAAUCUUUCCGUGCUGAAAAGUCGCAUACUAGAAGGCACUUGUCCGAGUAUACUCAUAUUGAAAGUGAGUUGGGCUUUAUAGACUUUGAGGAUUUGUUGAAACAUUUGGAGCGUCUUCUUACGAAAACAAUUCAAUAUGUGAUAGAAGAUCCUGUCGCCGGUCCAUUGGUCAAACAAUUAAAUCCUAAUUUCCAACCACCCAAAAUGCCAUUUAAAAGGAUGACCUAUAUUGAAGCUUUAGAAUGGCUAAAGGAGCAUAAUAUUCCCAACGAAGAUGGAGAAGAGUUCAAAUUUGGUGACGACAUUGCUGAGGCAGCUGAGCGUAAAAUGACUGAUACCAUUGGUGUUCCUAUUUUAUUGAUCCGCUUUCCGGUAGCAAUUAAGUCUUUUUAUAUGAAGAAAUGUGAAGACGAUCCCAGAGUCACUGAAUCUGUAGACGUUUUGAUGCCAAAUGUUGGCGAAAUCACAGGAGGUUCAAUGAGAAUUGAUGACUAUGAUGAGCUUAUCGCUGCUUUCAAGAGAGAAAAGUUAGAUAUAGCGUCAUAUUAUUGGUUUAUUGAUCAAAGGAAAUAUGGAACAUGCCCUCACGGUGGUUACGGAUUGGGUACUGAAAGAGUAUUGGCAUGGUUGUGUGACAGAUUCACUGUUAGAGAUUGCUCCUUGUAUCCAAGAUUCACUGGAAGAUGUAAGCCUUAA